AUGAUUCAAUGGCUGAUGCGGUCCCUUUUACAAUUUCGAUUUUUUGUUUCAAGAUUAUGCAUUGUUCACACGCAGCCCAUUGGCUCCAAGUUGACUGCAUCAUCAGACGCGUCUCAGGAACAGCAGAAAAGAGCAGGUUCGCCAGGAGGGACCCGCGAUUGGGCUGUCUCCUUCCUCUCUCCGGACCUUUCGAUUCUUUCGCCCUUCCCUCUCCCAUUUCGGGUGCGGGACUCUGCAUCUGCCCCUCCAUUAGCACACGCAGCAGAGAGGCACAACAGAACUACGCUAGGCCAUACAAUGUCCUACACUUCCUCCUCCCGCUUUUCCAGAUCACCUUCCCCCGCCCCUCGCACUAGACGACCUUCUCCGUUGGAAAGAACCUCAUUGCACCUCCGUCUCAGCCUGCUCUCCGGCGAGAAAUAUGACCAGGAAAGCAGUGCCAAGGAACCCGAUCUUCGUCGCUGCCUCAGCCAUGCCCACAUCCACGCCAAGUCCAUGGCUAUGGUCAAGCGAGACAUUCGCGUCCACAUCCGCUCCAUGGGCAUGGCCAUGGACGAUGACGGCGACGAGGAGCUCCUUGAUCACGAAGUCCUCCCGCCGCCACCGUCGCGCCGAUCGUCCCGCAGCAGCUCCAAGUCCGCUGCGGCCCCACGGGUGACGGUGUCACCCAAACCCAGCGAGAAGUCGAGUCUGCUCGACAAGGGUCGCAAGUGCUUGGAGAAGCUUUUCCCUCGCAAGAACAACGUGCAUCUAGCUCAGUCUAGAGUUACCGUUGUCACUUGA